AAUAAAUCAGGCACAAUUUAAAGAGUGACGUUUUCUCGGGAUUUUGCAUGAAAUAUUUAGACUUGUUAUCUAGCAACCCAACUGUGUCAAGCUCAUUAGAUUAGCUAGGCUGCUGGUUGUGUGAUUGAAGUGCAAAAUGCAGGAGGAAUGUGAGAAAAAGUCUUCGACUGGCAUCGAGCCCUGCAUGAACAGACACAAACCAGCAUCCGAGAAAACGCAGGACAUUUCUCAUUUACUGGCAAGUAUAUUCAGAGAUCUAUACACCACAGAGGUGAUUGGAAAAGACACUGUGACCAGUCUAACCAAGUCACGGAGAGGAGGCAACAGCUACCAUGACAAAUACGUGGAGGAGCUUCAGCAGGUUCAUUUGGAGUACAGCAGGCGGAUGAGAGAUGCUGAUAUGUUGGAGAAGCACAUUAUUCAGGCCCGGCUGCAGGCCAGUGCCACAGAGGAGCGAGCUCAGGCUGAGAUCCUGGAUGAGGUGGGAGAAGCCUAUCAUCAGCUCGGCCUGCCUCCAGUAAAGUCCACCUUUAUUUGGUGCUUGGACAACGAGCUUCUCAAGAGUAACAACUUGAUUUGUCCUCAGGACUACAGAACAGAACAAGUCCCGCUUAUUAAAGCCCCACGAGGCAAAUCUACUCCAGGUUUUGCUCAGCCGACUGUUUCUUACAGCAAGCGUGUGUGCAAGGAACCACAGGAUGAUGGCUACACAGUGAUAGCUCUGCCUGAACUGACCGCUCACAGCCUCCUGAAGGGGUCGGAGGAAACGCUAACACUGCCCUCCUCACAGGAGGCCAGCGACACCGGGAGUAAUGCCUCAGAGAAGGGGUCCAGGGUGGGUAAACCUUCACUGCUGUUGAAGCCGAGUGUUCAGAGUCAGAUGGAGGACCGGACAGCUCUGCAGAAGUUCAGAAAAUGCCAGAACUUCCUUCGCAACCCUCAUUUCCAGCCGCCAAGCGACCGGUGUGGAGGCAAAUCUCUCAUCAUGUCAAGGAAGAAGGUGAAAAGUACAGCAAAGGGCAUGAAAGAGAGGAAGACCUACAGCUGGUGCAGCAGCCCUGAAGCUCCAGUGCCCGUUUUCGUAGCCAGCCCACCUGUAGUGUUGUUUACUGAAUACCAAGCAGGACAAGUCUAUGAGACCACUGUGGAGCUGAGGAACACAACUGCUGCCAGCCGUCACGUACGUGUAAUCCCACCCACCACGCCACACUUCUCUGUUGGUCUAGGCCGCUUCCCUGGUGAUGGUGGGGUUGUUGCUCCUGGUAUGAGUUGCCAGUAUACAGUGCGGUUUGCCCCAGACUCCCUGGCAGAUUAUGAGGACUUCCUGUUGGUGGAAACUCAGUCCCCAUAUCCCCUCAUUGUACCUCUGGAGGCCCGCAGACCCCCACCAAUACUCACACUGCCUGCUGUCCUAGACUUCGGCUGCUGCCUUGCGGGAGGGGUGAAGUUCAUGGAAGUUCUGUGCCGCAAUGAUGGACAGAGUCCUGGAACUUUCUGUAUUAUGCCCAAGACACAGUGGCCUGCCUCCAGCCUCAGGUCUGCAGUGAAGGCCAGCUUUACAGAACAUCCUCCGUUCGCAGUCAGCCCCUCUCUGUUCGCCUUGCUGCCUGGCCAGGCUGUGGUCAUGGAGGUCAUUUUCUUCCCCGCUGCUGCUGAAGUCUGCGCUCAAAGCUUCACUGUUGUCUGUGACAACUGUCAUGUGAAGGAUUUCACCAUACAAGGCACUGGUCAGCUAGUCAUGCUGGAGCUGGUGGCGGUGGAAGGUGGCGAAGAUUUCCCAGAGCUCGGUGAACUGCAUGACCUGACCGCUGAUCAUUUUGUGCGAUUUGAUCCAGUUAACCUGAACUCCAUCUCGCAGAAGAAACUGAUCAUUAAGAACAAUGCCCAUUUGGAGCUGCCGUUUCACUGGCAGAUUAUGAAGCCCAACCUGCAGGCUCUUUUGCCCGGAGAGACUGCAGAUCCAUCCUGUAUCCAGCAUCACAUUGCGACAGACAAUGGCUUCAGCAUCAGUCCUUCCUCUGGUCUGCUGGGCCCUGCACAGGAGCAUGUGUUCCUGCUUACAUACCAACCACAAGAGUUGAAGGAUUAUCACAGUGUCUGUCACUUGGUCAUAAGGGAUGUCCCAGAUAUGCAGAAAAUCAAUGAAGACAGCAGUGCGUCUCAGCAGUUUGACAUGUUACCCAAAGUGGGUGAUGCAAUAGUGAUGGAGAUUGAGGUGAAAGGCUCCGCUGAGCCAUAUAAGAUCCUACUGGAGCCAUACGCCCUGCUCAUUCCAGGAGAAACAUAUAUACACACCACCAUCCACAAGAGAUUCAAGAUGUGGAAUCACAGCAAGUCAGCAAUUUGUUUUGAAUGGGAGCGUAUCAGUGACUGCCACAUUAUUGAGGUAGAGCCUUCAUCAGGUGAAAUAGAAAUGAAUGAGUGCUUUGAUAUGGAUCUGAUUUUGACUGGAGGACGACCAGGUCACUUCACCACCACACUCCAGUGCCUUGUUAAGCACCAUAACAGUCCGGUAGGCCUGCCCAUCGAAGCCACAUUUAAGGGGCCACAGCUUACACUGAGCAUGCCCAGUCUGGACCUGGGACUGCUUGAACUGGGACAAGAGAUCUGUUCCACUGUCCAAAUCAGCAACAGUAGCCCGCUAGAGGCCAAUUGGGGCCUGGUUGAGUUGCCUAUUGGCCCUGGGGUCAGCCUGGGACAAGUGAAGACAGAGCCAAGUGAGGGUGUGCUGCCUCCUCUGGCUUCCUGCAAUGUGGAUGUGUAUUUCAGAGGUGUGUGCUGUCAGAGCUUCGAGAGUGUCCUACAGCUCAAUGUUCCAAAUGGCACAGGAUGUCACCUGUAUGUACGAGCAGAGGUUCAGUCUCCUCAGGUGUGCUUGCUGAGCUGUGAGCUGCUGCUGACUGAUCUGUAUGUAGGAGUUGCUCAGAGUGGCAAAGCUACGCUCUUUAACCAAACUCUACUGCCAGCACACUUCAAAUGGAGCAAGCUCGAGGGUCCACAGGCUCAUCUCUGCUCUGCCAGCUUCACUCCGUCCUCUGGCACUGUGGAGCCCAACACACAGAUGGAGAUCAGUGUAUCCUUUACCACACACACUGAUGAGGAGCUGGCUGAAGUAGUAGCUGUCUGUGAGGUGGAGGGAAUGGAGGAGCCUCUAGUGCUGGGAUUCUUUGGCAAAGCCAAGUGUCUCAGUGUGUCCUACUGUUUACCUAAUACUGACUGUGCUAGCUCAGAUGUUUUUGACCAGCGGCCAGUUAUACUGGACUUUACUGGAGACGAUGCAGUCCUUAUGGGUAAAUCAGCCACCCGACAGCUGAUGGUAACUAACCACACUGCAAUUGCAGCCCCCUUCACUAUUGAGGCAGAAGUCUUCACUGGAUGCAAGUCUGUCAAAAAGUCUCAGUGUAGAGGUGCAGUAAAAAUGCCACUUCAUGCAGUGCAAGCAAAGAAAAUAGAGGAGAAAGAAUAUGAGGAAUUUGUUGCUGGCCUUCUUGCUCAUGGCAAAGGAGCAGCUUUCUUUGUUGAGCCGGAGAGUGGGACACUUGGACCUUUUGAAAGUGCAACAAUCAACAUCACUGCUUUCAGCAACAUGUGGGGCGAAUAUGAGGACCACCUCAUCUGUAAAGUUGGUGAACUGGAUCCGACACUGGUUCCAAUGAAGUUGUCUGUGGAAGGCUGUCCUAUCCACUUCCAAAUGAUUGGACCACAGCCUGAUAAUCAGAACCAAGGCCCAAUCAUACGGUUUGGAACUCAUGUUUCUGGAGGAGAUACAGUGUCCAGGUCUCUGCGUUUGAAUAACAGCAGCCCAUACAAUAUUCGUAUGGACUGGCUGACCUACAACAAGGAGACUGGGGACAGGAAGUUGAUUGAUUUGAUAGUGGCAUACGGUGAACCUUUUCCUCUGAAGGAUGCAGAUGGCAACGAAGUUGUUGGGGGGCUCGACUCUAGUGUUGUGUUUCCGCCCCCUUGGUGUCAAAGCCACUCCCCCAGCACAGAUAGAGCCAGCUCCUCUCUGAGAACCAAAUCAGGCAGCUCAGAAUUUGUGGAAGAGACCUGUGAUGAAGAAGAGAGAGAAGCUCUAGCAAGAAAGCUGUUUUCUGUGUUUAUCCAGCCGCAUGAAGGAAAUGCUGCAGACUACCCAUACUGCAUCACUCCACAGCAGAUUGUGGUUCCAGCAGGGGGCAGCAGCACCAUCCAUGUAUCUUUUACCCCUCUUACAUUGUCAGAUCAAACCAGUGACCACACAUGUGUGGGUUAUGCUCUAGGCUAUAUGUCACUGGACUCAAAGGGCCUUCAGGAUAAAGUGACCAGAGCUCAGGGUUAUGAGCUGAAACCUCUGAGACUGGACCUGCAAGCGUUUGUUAAGUCAGCCAUUCUGAUGGUCCAGAUGGAGGACGACGAAGACACUCUGGAGUUCAGUGCUGCUGCCAGUGAUUUACUCAGUGGUGACACACUUAUACAGGAGUAUUUGGUGGUGCGAACGCUGCAGCUGAGCAACAGCACGGACAUGCCUUUGGGUUUCAGACUGAGCGUCCCGCAGCCAUUCUCUGUGCUGAGGCCUGGUUGUCAACACCACCGCACAGCCAGCUCACAUACCCCAUCACUCAUACACGGCCAGCCAGUGUCCACAGAGAGCCGGCCAGCACGGCUGCUGCAGCCCAAACACAGCAUGCAGGUAAAGGUGGCCUUUCACCUUACAGCAUCCCUCCUGACCUGUCCGAGUCAGCCAUGUGAGGAAGUCCCGCCCUCUGUGAUGGAGCUGCGUAGCGAGAGAGGAGAAAAGAGACUACGCUUUGAGCAGAGUCUCACCAUCCAGUAUAGCAACAAUACUGUGCAGACUAUACCCUUAUGUGCCCACCUGUCACUACCCACGCUGCACCUUUCCUGUGACAGCAUAGACUUCGGCACCUGCUUUGUUGGUCAGACCAGGGUCAAAGAAGUGCACAUCUACAACCAUGGGGGCUCCAGCAGCUACUGGACUGCAUUUAUGGAGGCUGAGGAGCAGAGUGAAGUUUUCAGAGUUAGUCCAGAGUGUGGGCUUUUAAAGCCACUGGAAUAUCCUGUCUCCUCCUGUAGACAAACACUGGAGAUCAGCUUCAUGGCCAGUGACCAGAGUUCAUUCCAGGGUAUAGUCACUGUGCAGGGCAUUCUGGGAGAGCCCCCCCUUGCUCUGCAGGUUCAGGGGAGAGGAUCCUUCGAUGAGAGAUACGUAUCCAUGACACCAGACAGCUAAGAAAACACUGGAUUUCAUUUUUAUUGUUAUUUAUUUGUGUAAUUAAAAUACAUCAUUGUCAUUUGUAAAAAGAUUUUUUUUUCUUUUUAUGUGACAAAUAAAAGGCUAAACACACUAAGAGCUGUAGAAAAAAGGCAUUUGGCUGUUUAACUUUCCAUAAUCAUAAAAAAACAGCUCUCUUCAAGAGAAGCCUGAUCAAAGUACAGAUCAAAGGAGACAUGA